CGGGGUCCUUCUGUGAAAGAUGGCGACCUCCAGCAAGAGUCAGGUGCUUUCUCUGUACAAAAUGUUAUUGAAAGAAAGCAAACAAUUCUCUUCAUAUAAUUACAGAACAUAUGCCUUGCGGAGGGUGAGGGACGCUUUCAGGGAGAACAAGAGCGUGGACGACCCUAAGACCCUGGAGAUCCUGCUAAACCGAGCCUGGGAUAGCCUGGCUGUAAUCCAGCGGCAGCCUUAUCACCAUGGGAAAUAGCAAAGAGACGUCUAAGGACAUCAGAGAAAAAACUGUUGACCUUCACAAAGGUGGAAUCGGCUACAUUACCAUCAGCAAGCAGCCUGGUGAGAAACUGACAACUGUUGGUGGAAUUAAUUGCAAAUGGAAGAAAGAUAAAACAACUGUCAAUAUCCCUCGGUCAUGUUUAGGCCCGUCUGAAGUAUGCUAGUGGACACCUGAAUAAUUCCAAUGAAGCUUGAAAGAAUGUCAUGUGGUCUGAUGAGACCAAAAUCGAGCUGUUUGGCAUCAACUCUACUCGCCAUGUUUGGGGGGAAAAUAAUGCUGACUAUAACCCCAGGAAGACCAUCCCUACCGUCAAACACGGAGGUGGAAGCAUUAUGCUUUGGGGGUGUUUUUCUGCCGAGGGUGCAGGACAGCUGCACCACAUCGAAGGAAAGAUGGACAGACGUAAAAUCUUGGAUGAGAACCUCCUCCCUUCAGCCACCCCUUCAGCAGGUGGGUCUUCCAGCAAGACAGCGACCCUAAGCAUACGGCUAAGGCAACAAAGGAGUGAUUCAAGAAGAAGCACAUUAGGGUUAUGGGGGGCCCUAGCCAGUCUCCGGACUUUAACCCCAUAGUAUUCCCUAUGGAGGGAACUCAAGCUUCAUCUAUCCAAGUUACAGCCUAAAAACCUUAGAGAUUUGAAGGAGGUCUGCAAAGAGGAGUGGAUGAAAAUUCCUGAUGAUCUGCACGUAAUCCUGGUGACCAACUACAAGAAACGUUAGACAGCUGUGCUUGUAAACAAUGGUUAUUCCACCAAGUACUAAAGUAUGUGUUCUAAGGAAUCAAAUACUUGUUUCCCUAGAUAAAUGACAAAUUGUAACUGUUACAUAAUGACUUUUUCUUGCUUUUUUUG